UGUCAAAGUGGACAAAAAGAGAAAGCAAAAUACAUUUAAAUUUUAACAAAAUGAUUAUACAUUCUGUCAAAACAUGAGUGGAUUCCUAUAAUUAUGAUAUUGUGCGUAACAGAUUUGAAGCUGCUUAACAAUGUGAUAAAUCAAUAAUUGCUGAUAAUAAAUACAUUGGAAUAUUAAAUUUUUGAAGCAUAGAAUACAAUGGAAGUUAAAGAGCAAUUCGAGCACGCAGUUGCUUUAAAAGUUAUGCGAUUGACCAGGCCGACCUUAGUGACACCACCUAUUAUUACCUGUGACAUGAGGGAUAUACCUAGAAGGAUAUUUAAUCAAGACCUUGAACAAAAUGUUAUCACUGUAUGUGGAUCAGAAACUCUCCAAGUGGGGCAAUUUUUACUUCUUCCUCAAAGCUUUGGUAAUAUAUAUUUAGGCGAAACUUUUUCUUGUUACAUCUGCGUUCAUAAUUGUACCAAUGAACUUGUAACUGGAGUUCAUCUAAAGGCCAACUUGCAAAUUACUAGUCAGAGCAUACAUAUAUUGCCUUCACCGAAUCAAGAGCUUCCAAGUUCCCUAGGGCCAAAUGACACGCUGGAUAGUGUUAUACAUUAUGAAGUAAAAGAAAUUGGAACACAUAUUUUAGUUUGUGAGGUGAACUAUAAUUCAACAAAGAAUACACAAGAAAGCUUUCGUAAAUUUUUUAAAUUCCAAGUUGUGAAGCCGUUAGACAUCAAAACCAAAUUUUACAAUGCUGAUUCAAAUGAAGUGUAUUUAGAAGCAACUAUACAGAAUAUUACUUCGGGUGUUGUAUGCUUGGAGAAGGUGCUUCUAGAGAGUUCUGACAUGUUUAAUGUUAAUGAAUUGAAUGCAGUAGAUGAAACGCGCACAGUUCUUGACGAAACUAAUUAUUUGUCGUCUCAGUGCAGUUGUAAUUUACUGUAUUGCCUUACUACUAAGGAGGCAUUAUCUGAUGCUACAAACAUAGGUAAACUAGAUAUUGUAUGGAGGUCUAAUCUUGGUGAAAAAGGGCGUCUGCAAACUAGUCAACUCUAUAGAAUUGCACCUAAAUAUGGUGAUAUAAAUGUUUCAAUAAAAAAUAUUCCUAGUACUGUAUGCAUAGAGGAGACUUUUGAUGUGAUCUGUGAAAUUUCUAACAUAAGCCAGAGACCUGUAGAAAUUUUGUUAAGACUACGACCUAUUGAAAACUCAGGGCUUCAUUGGAUAGGUGUCUCAGAUCGUAAGUUAGGAACAUUAGAAGGGGGCAAAUCACUUGAAUGCGUUUUGACUGCAUUUCCUACGAGAUCUGGACUGCUGAGUGUAUCAGGCAUUCACUUAAUAGAUACAUUCCUUAUGAGGACUUAUGAAUAUAAUGAACUAGGACAAAUUUUUGUAAUGAAUAUAUGA